AUGUCAAGAAAAAAGAGAGGAUUAUAUAUGAUAGAUGAGUUACUUGAUUAUAAAUAAUAUAAUGGUUAGAAAUAUUAUCUUGUUAAAUGGCAAGGAUACAAUAACAGAGAUAGUACUUGGGAAAAACCAGAAAAGAUACCAAAUUUAGCUUAAUUUUUACAUUAAUUAGAAGAAAAUGUAAAAAUAUAUGGAUCUAAUUUUUAUCAUAUUGAAAAUGAUGAACCACCUCAAUUAGAAGAUUUUAUUGGGGCUCCUAGUUUAUCAAAAUAAAAUUAGUAUUUAUACCAAUAAGAAUAAAUAAACAAAUUAAAUAAUUAGAUAGAUGAAUUAAAAUCAGAAAUUGAUCAAAUGAAGAAAUAAUAAGAAGAAAUUGUUUAGUUAAUAAAUACAAAUUAAUAGAAUCAAAAAUGUUUAUAACCUAUUUUAUAACAGGAUUCUGAACUUAUUUAAGAGUCUUCAUCAGAAUAAUCCCAAAAAAUCACUGAAAUAAAAUCAUAAACUGAAGGUGGAUUUGAGUUUGGAGAUUUAUUGGAAAAAAUUGGUUAAGCUGUAUAAACAAAAGAAAAAGGAGAAAAAAUGUAUUAUGUAUUAUGGCAAAAGAGAUCAAAUGGUAAUUAUUUAUAUAUUUAUAUUAGGUAUAAUACCAAAGAAUAGAUGGGUUAAUAGUGAAUAUCUAAUGAAACAUGAUAUAAAGGCAUUAUGUUACUAUCUUCAAAGAAAAUUAUAAUGA